AUGUCUUACCAAGAACACGUCGGAACCUCCCGAAAAUGCCUUGCCGGCGAUAUCUUCGACAAUUACGGAUAUGGCAAUGAAGACGAUGAAGACGAGAACUGUGCAUGCGAAAAUAUAAGGGCUGGAAGGCCAUCCAUCAAUAUCACUGGGCGGGUCAUCAUAGACGCGUUCGCGUAUGGGAAAUUCGGCCCCGGAUCGGCUAUUGAAGUCAAACCUCUGAAGAAGCAAGGGCUGUAUACCGAAGCCACGGACGAGGGAGUUGAUGAUGAAGACGAAGACGACUUAGGGUUACUGACAAAGACUCUCAACAGGCAAGACCAAACCAACACCUUCUCCAUUUUUCAGAUCAUAAGCUUAUCGUCGCAGUUGCCGACAAGUCCCAGCAGCCCCUAUAUCACCUGCAUGCUGGUGAACUGGGCUCUGAUCAGUCAGGCAGAUGCUCUCCUUAGGUCUAGGUUAGAGCCUAGCCAGACGGCACGAGACCUGAGUUGUGUCAUGCUUUCGUCGCUCGAAUACUACACCGGCAUCAUCUUUCUCACUACCAACCUCCCGCAAGAGCUUGACAACGCCUUCAUCUCUCGUCUUGACAUCCACUUGAAGUACUCAGGCUUGACGUUUGAUAACAGAAGACGGCUAUGGCAGAACCUUCUCCAACUUCAUGAAGAUACUCUGUUCCAGGCUGGUCUGCGAGUCAUGCUGUCCGACAAAGAUCUUGACGAUUUGGCGACGUGGCGACUGAACGGACGAGAGAUCAAGAAUUCAGUCAAGAACGCCACCAAGUGGUGCUUCAUAAAAAAGAUGGAUGUGACAGCCCAUGCCUUGAAGGUCGGCAUAAAUGUCACAGCCCCUUUGGCAGAGAGCGAGGUUGGAGGAGAUGCAUCUCAGUCAGGCAGCAGAAAGCGAGGUCGUGUGGAUGAUGAGUAUUAUUGA